GUCAAAUUCUAUCAAAUGUCAAUUCGUUCUCUGUGAAACAAAUGAAAGAUUAUAGGUAAAAAAACAAAAAUAAACUACAAAUUAAAAUUUAUGGAAAAUUAAAAAUCGAGUUUACUUCGAUAAUUAAAUAUUAUUAAUACGGUUCGGGAAAAUGGCGGCCGAAACGCAACAUAAACACGCCUACUUAGAUUUGCACUUCGACGGAGUUAAAGCUGGAAGAGUAAUUAUCGAGCUGUUCGAUGAUGUUGCUCCGAAGACUGUGGAAAAUUUCCGAGCACUUUGCACCGGAGAAAAAGGCAUCGGAAAAAGUGGAAAACCUCUGCAUUAUAAAGGGAUAAAAUUUCAUAAAGUGGUUCCGAUGUGCAUGGUACAAUGUGGUGAUAUUGUCAAUAAUAACGGGACAGGUGGGGAAAGUAUUUACGGUGAUUCUUUCGAAGACGAAAAUUACAUAAUUAAGCACGACAAAGAAGGCAUAGUAGGCAUGGUAAACAUGGGCAAGAACCUUAACCAAUCCCAAUUCUACAUAACCACGCAGCCUUGUUUCCACUUGGACGAUACCAACGUGGCGUUCGGAAGGGUAGUCAAAGGCCUCAAUUUAUUAGUAGAAAUGGCCGAUCAGCCCAGAUACAAUGUCGUACCCUUAGGGAACCUUACCAUAGGCGACUGCGGGGAACUGAAACCGGACGAGCCUUGGAAUUACCACGAAAACGACGGCACCGAAGACCAAUUUCCCCCCUGGCCCGACGACUGGGAGCAACAAGAACAGCCCGAUGAUCCCGUCGAAAUGGAAAACGUCCUAAUUUCCAUCAAAAACUCCGGAAAUCACUUCUAUAAUUCCGGGGAUUUCCCCGUGGCCGAACGGAAAUACCUAAAAUGUCUGAGAUAUAUAGAUUGGUUCAAUAAGAAGAUCAACGCGAUGAAGAGCGAGAAAGAAAAAACGGCUAAUGGUGGUAGUGGUGAAGACGAGAAGGAGAAAGAUGGUGAAUGCCAUGAUAACCAGAAGGAGAUAGACGGUAAAACCAGUGAUAAUGAAGAGGAGAGAGAUGAUAAAAACAGUGAUAAAAGCGAGGAGAAAGACGAAAGAAUAAGGGAAGGACAUGAUGAAGAGAGUAAGAAAGAGGAUAGAUUGGAAGAGAGUGUUAUGGGAAGAGACGGGAGAUCGGUAGGGGCGGCUUUUAAGAAUACGGUGUUGAUGAAUUUGGCGACUGCGCAGUUGAAGAUGCGGAAGUACAAGGAGGCUGUGAAGUUGUGCUCGCAGAUUAUAAAAGAAGAAAGGGGCAAAUGCGGCAAAGUCUAUUACAGAAGGGCCCAAGCUAUGUUGCAACUGAAGGAAUACGAUAAAGCUUUGAACGAUUUAAAUGAAGCUUUGACGUUUUUUCCGAACGAUAAACAAAUUAUUUUCACGUUGAAUAAAGCGAAAAAAUCCAAAUUGAGCUAUUUGAAGAAAGAAAGGGCGUUUUUCUCGAAAUUGUUUAACUAAUUUUUA